ACAAUAUAAAAGGAAGACAAAUUUCAUAAAAUCCCAGAAAGGAGAAAACAGAAAUGCUGAUCAUCACAAACUUUCCACAACACUUGUUACCUUUAUUCAAACUCUCUUCUUCUCUUUCAAUUUUCUUCCUCUACUUCUUCUACACUUUCCUACUCUUUGCUACAACCCCUAAUAAUCACCUUGUUAAAGCUCACACUUUUAUCUAUGCUGGUUGUUCACAAGACAAAUAUGAACCAAAUUCUCCUUUUGUUUCAAGCUUAAACUCUCUACUCUCCUCAAUAGUUAGCUCCUCUUCUCAAACUCUUUACAAUAGCUAUGCUCUUGGAAAUGACAGUGCAGCCCCUCAAGAAUCGACUAUUUACGGUUUGUACCAAUGUAACGGUGACCUACAAUUAAGAGACUGCUCAACAUGUGUGGCAAGUGCAGUUAGCCAAAUGAACAUAGUUUGUCCUUACAAUUUUGGGGCUAUUUUGCAAUUAGAUGAUUGUUAUGUGAGAUACGAGCACGAAGAUUUUCUUGGUAAAUCGGACACGAGUUUAAGGUACAACAAGUGUAGCAAGAAUCAACUUCGAGGAGAUAGUGAAUUCGUUAGGCAUAGGGAUCAGGUUCUUGCUGAUUUAAUGCAAGGUGGUGGUGGGGUGGCAGGUUUUAAGGUUAGCAGUUCGGGUUCGAUUGAAGGAUUUGCUCAGUGUUUGGGUGAUUUGAGUCCGGAAGAUUGUUCUGCUUGUGUUUCUGAAGCUGUUAUGAAGUUAAAGGACAUGUGUGGUGCUGCUGCUGCUGCUGAUGUUUUUUUGGGUCAAUGUUAUGCUAGAUACUGGGCUUCUGGCUACUCUCACUCCUCCCAUCCAUCCAACGAUGACGAAGUAGGGAAAACAGUAGCAAUAGUCGUAGGAGUAUUAGCGGGUGUUGCUGUUUUCAUCGUUCUUCUCUCCUUUUGCCGCAAGUCUCCAGGGUAAAAUGAGAGAAGGGAAGCUCAAGCAUGGUUCAAGGAGGUGGAAGGUGGAUUUCUGUGGGUUCAUUUGUUAAUUAGGAGCAAUUAUGAGUUUCACCACCUGUUUCUUUUUGUUAAUUUAUUAAAUGCAAAUUGUUGGUGUGUGAAGUUCUAUUUGUUUAUAAUUCGGAGCUAUCAAGAGUCCACCUACUUUAGUUAAUUUAUACUAGACACGAUCUUUUAAUAUAUCCAAAGUUGAAUUUUA